ACAGGUGGAAGCUCCGGUUGCGGCGGGGUGGGUCAGGCCGCCGCUGUUUCCGCGCACACUUCGCUUACCGGCGCUGGGGAGAUAGUUAGAGGAAGAGAGAAGAAGAAAGAGCGGAUGAUCGGAGGGGAGGACGGGGGGAGGAGGAGGGUUACCAACAACAACAAGACGGGGAUGAUGUUUAGUGGGGCGACGCGGCUGCGAACGAGCGAACAAAGAGACGGAGCGAUCCGGGGGAACUGCGCAGUCCUGCUUUGAUGGGCGCCGUGACCUGAGCAGACAUGGCUGCUGACGACAAGGUUGCCAUCUUGACGGAGGACGAGGAGGAGCAGAAGAGGAAGUAUGUCUUGGCCGAGCCCUUCAACUCUCUGUCUCUGGAGCACAGGGUGGAGGACUCUGCCGCGGCCCCACCCGCCUCGGACACGCCCCCGACGGAGCUCGCCGGGCCAUCGGCCACCUCCAUAAACUGCUGUCAGAGAAUAUGUCUCCGCGUCAACAGCCACCUCCUCGUCUCCAAAAUCUUCUAUUUCUUCUUCUAUGCAGCUUAUGGCUCCCUGCACCCCCUCCUGGCGGUCUACUACAAACAGCUGGGCAUGUCACCCAGUCGCAGCGGUUUGCUAGUCGGUAUACGUUAUUUCAUUGAGUUCUGCAGCGCCCCCUUCUGGGGAGUGGUGGCCGACCGUUUCAAGAACGGGAAGGGUAUGCUACUGUUCUCAGUGUUCUGCUGGUUGGUGUUUAACUGCGGCAUCGGUUUUGUCAAACCGGCUGAAAUGAGCUGCAGGGAAAAAGGGGCGGCUGCCGUGACAACCGUGUCGCCCGCGGUAGCGACGACUCCCUAUACAAACGCCACGCUGGCUGGCAACGCCACCAGCCGCACGAGGCGCCGUCGCAGCAUGAACUAUUUCCUGAAUCCCCCGAUGAUUUUUAGUGUGCUUAGUUCCUACCACAGUGCGCGCCGGAGGGUGGAGCGAAGUGUCGAUGCCAAUGCUACAUCGGUGCCCUUUAAAGUACUCGACACCACCCUACCAACGGCAAAUACUACCGUCGCCAGUACCACUCGUACCACCACCAAGCCAGCUCCCACCAAAGCCAAAGAGUACCAGAUCAUCUACAACGAGGCCCAGGUGGAGAAAAUCUUCCUCAUCAUCUUGCUGGUGGUCAUCGUGGGGGAGUUCUUCAGCGCCCCGGCCGUCACCAUCGUGGACACAGUCACCCUGCAGUACCUGGGGAAGGCCCGGGACCGCUACGGCAUGCAGAGGAUGUGGGGCUCGCUGGGCUGGGGCCUGGCCAUGCUGCUGGUGGGCAUCUGGAUUGACCACACCCAUGUGUCCGCUGUGAUUGAUGGCGUGGGCUGCAUCCUCCCCGAAUAUCGCAUGCACAACUACCAAAUCGCUUUCAUCUCGUUCGGCGUGCUCAUGGGUGUGGCGUUGGUCGUGGGGACGCAGUUCUACUUUGACAAAGGUGGAAGCAGCCAUCAAGAGCUGCCGGCGGACACUGCAGAAGAGCCGGGGGACACGUCAUCCCCUGACACCGGCUCGCCUUCGGAGCAGACACCUGUCAGCUCGGACGCCGGUCAGGAUUUCCACUACAGCGACCUGCUGAGGCUGCUGUGCAGCGUACGGUACAGCUCGGUUCUGUUUGUGGCCUGGUUCAUGGGCUUCGGCUACGGCUUCGUGUUCACCUUUCUCUACUGGCAUUUGGAGGACUUGAAGGGGACCACCACGCUGUUUGGCGUCUGCUCCAUCCUCACCCACCUGUCGGAGCUGGCAGCCUACUUCACGAGCCACAAGUUCAUCGAGCUGGUGGGCCACAUCAGGGUGCUGUACAUCGGCCUGGCCUGCAACACGGUGCGUUACCUCUACAUCUCCUAUCUGGAGAAUGCCUGGAUCGUCCUGCCCAUGGAGGUCCUCCAAGGUGUGACCAACGCCUCGGUGUGGGCCGCCUGCAUCUCCUACCUUAGUGCCGCCGUGCCGCCGGCCCUGAGGACCUCCGCCCAGGGCAUCCUGCAGGGCCUCUACCUGGGCUUAGGUCGAGGCUGUGGAGCCAUGGUUGGAGGAGUCUUCGUCAACUACUUUGGAGCGGCGGAGACGUUCAGGGGACUUGGCAUGGCCUCCCUCGUCAUCCUCCUCAUCUUCUCCUUCAUCCAGUGUCUCACCUCGAAGAACAAGGAGGAAGAGGAUAGAAUGCUGGCGGAGAACAUCCCAGUGCCGUCCAGCCCGGUUCCCAUAGCGACCAUCGACCUGGUGCAGAGCCAGAGCAGCGCUGCCGGGCUGCGCCAGGCGGCCAUCUUGCCGGUGAAGAAGACCAAACACCAGGAAGAACAGGAGGACGUGACGCGUCCUGCGUGGGUGCUCUCCGGCGCCCCCUGGGUCACCAUCGCUUUCGCCGUGUUCCAGAUCCAGGAGAUGGUUGCCAUGGCGAAGAGCAGCCCGCCCCCGGAGACUCAGCCGCUGCAGGUGCCUGACAAGCAGUCGCUGGAGUACCAAGCUGUGGCGACGUCUCACGCCGACGACGGCGCACGACAAACGGGCUCCGAACCGGCACCAGAACCCCCCACGGAGCCUCAUAAAGCCCCGCCCGCCCCCACGAACUCAGAUGACGCUCGGGACCAAACGCACCCGCCCUCCAACCGAGCACCGCCCAUGCAGAACCCUGCCUUCCCACCGGAGGAGACGGAAGGAUGAGCGGUUUAAGACGCUGUUGAACGCGUAUUGUUUAGUUUACAUUUGCUGGGCCGUGCUGCUCUGUAAGUUAUCGUGUUUGCGCCUCACCGGACUGCUUUUGAGGAAUUGGGGGAAAAACGGGAAGUGUGCCGGGUUUAAAACGACGACUCAGUCUUUCUGCACCCCUGAUGUCGUGGAACCCAGCGCACCGCCACAGAGCACCGUGUCUGUGCGCCUCACGUGCACUCCGACCGCCCUUUGACCUUAAAGAAGGCUUGUGACACAAUUAGAGGAUAUUGGAUGGUAACGUCGACCUCAACAAGUCAGUUCAUUCGGUCGGGAACAUUUUUAAACGGGAAGUGAAUCCACCCAAACGGUUUCCUUUCAGGCAGCACAGGGGUUAGCGCAGUCACCACACAGCAACAAGGUCCUGGGUUCGAACCCCAGGGUUGUCCAACCUUGGGGGUCAUCCUGGGUCGUCCUUUGUGUGGAGUUUGUGUGUUCGCCCCGUGUCUGCGUGGGUUUCCUCCGGGGGCUCCGGUUUCCCCCCACAGUCCAAAGACAUGUAGGUCAGGUGAAUUGGCCAUACUAAAUUGUCCAUAGGUGUGAGUGUGUGUGUGUGUGUGUGUGUGUGGGCCCUGUGAUGGCCUGGCGGCCUGUCCAGGGUGUCUCCCCGCCUGCCGCCCAAUGACUGCUGGGAUAGGCUCCAGCAUCCCCGCGACCCGACUUCGGAUAAGCCGCUUGGCGAACGGAUGGAUGGGUUUUAUUCCAGCCUGCGAUGUCGACCAUUUGGAGGCGGACGAUGCUAACGGGAACCGUCGCCUGUUUAUUAAACAAACGCCGUCUUUAAAACCUAAAUACCACGCCGGCAUCCAGAUAAGGUCACUUGACUAAAUCAAGAGAAUUCUUCAGACGGGUUGAAUUGUAUUUGAUGAAGUGACGUUAUCUCACCCAACCCACAUGAAAAGAAAAACAAAGUCAUUUUUAGACUGGUUAGCAGACAAGCUGGCCGGUAACGCCGGACAGUUAAGAUUUGGCGCCGAGCACAAGACGCUGCUGAACAGAUCUAGAAGCAAUUUGCAAAAAGUGCCUCUUUUGAACGUCCCGUUUCGUUGUGGCUGCGAUGAGAUGGGCGGCCCUGUGACGCAGGGCCGAGAAAGCUGACUCUUACAUCGCCGUGUCAGCGCGCGAGGGAAGAGUCUUGUCGUUUUCACCGUGUUCGCUCACGGGUUCAACGCAGCAUCUGUUCACCGCAGCGCGUUUUACCGCUGAAGGUCAACGGGUGCUGCUGAAAAGGAAAAGUAGCUCACGGUGAAAAUGACUAAUGCUUUUUAAGGGUGAAGUCUUGGGUUUAAAAAAAAGAGCGAUGAGCGAGUGUGUCAGGCUGUUUGGGUGUAGGUGUAGGUGUGUGUACGAGAAAGGGCCCAUCACACCACAGAUGGCUGAUCCUUUUGAGCAGAAGGUUAAACCACUUUUGAAAUCCGGGGUCCUCUUUGGCUUUGUUCAGACUGCGCUUUAAAUCCCACCCAGCUCUGAAAUCCCACGGACACCAUUUUUAUUUCAGAUUUUGGCCAUUUUCGAAGUGUCCGGUAUCAAAUGCAUGUUCAGUAUGGGGCCGUGUAACUGAUUUGUUGUGCCUUUGCACCGGAUGGGGGUCUGUUCACGGUCUUCAGACAACGAGUCAUCUUCAGAAGUGGAUGUGAACAGUGGGGCAGAGAUAAAAAAAAUGAUGAAUAAAGCAAACCGGAGCCAAAAAUGUGGAGCUGAGCGGUAAGGCCUGCAGUGUGAACACCGUCAGAGAUCAUCCGAAACCGGCCCGGCCUUGCUGACUGGCUGCUUUAAGCGGCGGGUAGGAGUUGUAGAUUACGCAGAGGGUGUGGAGCCGCUUUCCGUAUACAUCCUGUGUUUAUUGUGCCUCUUUAAUCCCUUACGUCAAUACUUGCAGCCUUUUAACUUGCUCAUUCGCACCACGGAUUAAAUCACUUUUCAU